UAGCGCGCCAUUGAGGCGAAUUCAGUUGAGCUAUUAAGGAAGGUCACAAACUCAAGAAGUCUUUAGUACUCUUAUUAUUGUCAGUUUCGACCGUAUUGUAACCGGAACAAUGGCAGAAGACAAAGGAAUUAAUUUGCAAAUUCAGGGAGAAAACACGGGUAACCCGGCCCUUGAUGAAAGAAAUAUCGAUGUGAAUGAGAGGGAUCCUCAGCAUAUCAACGAACACAUCAAGGUUACAUUUGAGGACAUCAUCGCUGAGCCUGAACCGACAACGUACAGUUUUGACAAAGUCUGGGUGCUCAGUUAUAAGGUUUUCAACUCCGUGAACAUCUGGUGCUACCGGAUUCUCAGUCUCAUUUGCGCCAUCCCAGCCAUGGUGCUCUGGGGGUGCAACUUUGCCUGCUUAUCAUUCUGCACAGUGUGGUGUUGUCGUCCUUGCAUGAAAAGUUUUGAAAUCCAACUCAGAUUCUUCCAAACGAUUUGGACGACGCUUAUCACAGCAUUCUGUGAACCUUGUUACUUAGCUGUUGGAAAGAUAUUCUACAAUAUUAGAAUAACCAGAGAAAACAAACCAGAAUAGAAAAGUCUUUGUUGUGCUUGUUUUAAACCUUUCGCCAAACAUGCUAACUGCACAUUUCUGUGAGUUUUGCAAUGGUAAAGAAAGCAAGAGGACUCCGAAGACUGAACCUUCGAAAUGGUCGAUCGCUGAUCUGUCACCUUCUUAUCUGCAUUUGAUAUCGGUCAUCAUGCUCUCAAUUAUGUGGCUGUCACAAAAAGCGGCGGGACGGGCAAGUUCAUUUAGCGAUCCCCACAGCCUGACCUUCAGUUCUCCUCUCUCUGGCUACAUCGCGCGUCGUUGGGCGGAGAUGCCGAGGUAACCCUGUAGUGGUUGGCUGGAGUUUGGUUGGCACUCCGGCACUGGCACAGUUCUGUGUUCACAUUGCCUCACCUCUCAAUGGGCUCGUUGACAUCCAGUGCUCAGGCAUACAUGAUUGCGGCCUCCCUUCUGUCUAGGGGUAUGAGAAUCUUUCACGUCAAACCGCGGGUUGGGUCCGACUGGGGUACUGACUGGCCCUCCUUAGGAAGAGGCACCCAUGAAUUCAUUCUGUUGCAGUCAAAUAGCGAGACAUCUUGGAUAUGUAUCCGCCGCAGACCACGACCCUAGAACCCCUGGCAUGCCUGGACAGAGCAGUUCAAACUCUUGCUUAGAUCCCCUUCUGCUUUUGGUUAUGGUUUGAUGAAUAAGUCACUAAGUGGUGUCUGAAUAAUUCAGUGAUGUGGCUUGGCAUAAUAUUUUGUUUUUGUUGCGGCAGAGAGCGAACAUUACGUCACCUGAACAAGCAUGGCUGCUCUUGUCUUUGAGUCUACUUGGAACCAAUCUUGAAUUGAUACUGAACUGGAGGUAUUGAUUGGUCUCACUAAACGAGAUUGGAGCUAAAAUCGGGCUAAAACCGGCCGCGGCGCCGCCCCGAGAUUCUGUGGGAAAUGACGUCCCGCUCAACGCUGUUUGGUAAGACAACCAACACGGACAGCGAUGUAUCAAUUUCUAUUCUAAAACACCUCAACUUUGAUUUCGACCGCAUUUUUCGGCUUCCAUAUUUUGCAUCAACCCAAGCAGUUAUUGCUGCAUAUACCACAACCACUUCCGCCAAAACGACGCAGGCUGCAUUGUACACUGCAUGCAGUGCAUGGUACAUUGUAACCAAGAUGUUUUAGAAUUAGGCUUAUAUACAUUUCAGGUAUACUCCCGGUGGCUGGUGCAUGGGUGGCAGUUCCUACUGCAAGAGGGGUCCAGUGGUUGCGGUUGUGCUGCUCUGGCGAGCCUUAAGCAUCUCGGGGAAUAUACCCUAAUUAUUGAUUUCUUUUGCACUUUCCAGGCAGAGUUUCGGAAUGGCUUGACUGUGAUACACCCCAACUGUGAUACUUAGCUUAUCUUAUAAGCAGGCGAGCGCCUGUAUUUCUUUUCAGCCAAUCAAUUUUCUUUCAGUUGGUGGCGGGUUCGUUGUUGCGGCAGUGGUGUAUAUGUAUGAUAGACAGCACAGUGCAUGGGCGCGGCAAGUAGCUGAAUUUGCUGUCCCUAUGUCUAAACGCGGAUUCCAGAGAGCAGCAAUGACAGUCGGAAGCGCCAUCUAGAAUUCUGCAUUUAUACAUGUACCCCGAAGGUUUCGACUCUAGAGUUCCUCUACACUCGACUGACAGUCAGUAACCUGUAACUGGAGUGAAAAUAAAAGGUUUCAUGGUCCAAUGUGGGUUUUUUCAUUUAACCAAAAACCCUCUAUACGGGACGCGUACAAUUGUGAUUGCGUUUGGCCGAAUUGCUUUAAUUGGUAAAAUGAAAAAGCCCAAAUUGUUUUUGAGAUCGUGAAAAACCCACUGAAAAACCUCUACGGGGAGCGUAUUUGUGAUGACCGAAAAAUCAUGAAAGAUUUUUCAAUAUUGAUAAGUUUUAUUUGUCGAAGAGUGUCGGCCAGUUCAGCGCGCCAAUAAGAGGGGAGUGUGUAUGGAAAAGGAGGUAGCCAUGACGCUAAACCUCAGCUUGGGUCAGAGAUCGCGUUGUUUCAAUAUUCCUGACCAUGGGUUUGCCGCUGUCAUACACGUGUUUUAAACUUGGCCGAUUUUUCGGUGGGCACAAAUGCAGUCCGUAUUAUUUGGGAAAUGAAAAACUGUUCUUUUAGAAGCUCAAAAACGUAAGGGUGUCUAUUUUCCACGAAAGGGGAAACGAAAAAUUAAUUUUUAUCAGUGUUAGAGUAUCGAGUACUGAUUGGGCCUCCAGUGAUGUUUCGAUCACCGGAUUGGCCGAUUGAAAUAGGGCCCCGAUCCGCUGUCAGUGGCACGGACCAGGCUGGUCUAUCACCGGAUGCAUGGCCUGGGUUGCUUUUAGUUUAGCUUUGCUUCGCUUUUUGGUCUUCGCUUAGUUUUGUUUGCUCUUCCCUCUUGCAGGUUUUCACCAGCACCAAGCUGUGGUGCUACCGAAUCACCUCCUUGCUCUGCGCCAUCCCUGCUAUGAUCUUCUGGGGUAUUUACUUCGCAUGCCUUGCUUUCUGUACGAUCUGGUGUUGCGUCCCCUGCUACAA